AUUUUGAAUAAAUGCGAACUCUCCCUAAAAGACAUAGUGUCACUCCGAAGAGGACUUUAUUUAAUAUCCCAAAGCCUUCACCUGGUUCGACUAAUGGAAAACCUGGAAACUCUUCGGAGAACUCCAUUGAGGAGAUGACUGGGUUUUCUAUGACUGGUAAGAGUAGAUUUCAAGGCCCAAAAAGUGAAAAGAGAAAAUCUCUCAAGUUAGGCAUUAGUGAUGGUAGGAAAUCUAUCAUACCGAAAAGAAAUUAUAUGUCACUGCAGUCUGAAGAGCUAGAAGACAGAGAUAUUGUGGGGACGAGGAAAUCUCUUGCUCUCAGCUUACAGAGCAAUGUCAUUAACGUUGGGAUCGUAAUAUUAAUAAUAACUUAUGGGUUAUUUACUUUUAUUAUCACUGCUGUGGACAGAAAUACAGGGAAAAAUCACAUUAUGGUCGUAUAUCACUCUAUUGAAUCCAUUUUUAUCCUUGCUUUUGUUAUUGAAAUUUUAGUGUAUAAGUAUGCCUUCCGAGAGCUUUAUUUUUAAUAACAAUUAUAACCGGAUAAACCUUGUAUUGACUGGGUUCAUUAUUGUAUUUUGGGUUUUAGAUAUGUUCAUCGACUCUUAUACAGUAAGCAUUCUUCUUAGAACGAGAGGAUGCAUGAGGUUGGUACACGUCCCAAUUAUUCUUGAAAAUAUUAGGUCCCAUUGGAGACUUAAAAGAGGAUUAAAUAUGAUGGACUCGGAUCUCUUAGACUCAGAUAAGCCUAACUCAGAGAAAAUUAUCGAACUUUUGCUUCAGAUUGGAGAAGCAAUGGAAGAUCCUAAAUUUUAUAACGAUAUCCAUUAUUGAAUAAAACAUAUUGCCAGUGGAACUUUGUACGAGGUCGGAGAAAAAGAUACCCAAACUCAAGAAGUCAAGUCAUUGAGAAGGAGAAGAGGAGCUAUAUUACAGAUGGAAGAGCAAGCAUGGAUAAAAUCCUGUACAAAUAUGGUCAAGCUUAAAAGAGACUCGAGAGACCCUGGAACUAUUGUAAUUACAACAGGAGGGAACCUCAAAAGUUUGGAAUCUUUACUUGACUUGAAUUUUUCAUACAGUAAACUAAUGGAAGAUUUGGAUACGUUAGAAUUCGAUAUUUUUGACCUGAGGGAAAAGUCUCACGAUAGAGAACUCACUACAAUUACUUCAGUGCUGUUUCAUAAGCAUUCUCUUUAUUCGCACUAUCACAUAAAUUUGGAAAAGUUCUUAAUCUGCAUGGAUAAAAUUACUUCUGGGUAUAAUAAAAGCGUGAAAUAUCAUAACUCAACGCAUGCAGCAGAUGUAUGACAGACUCUUUAUUCUUUCAUAAUUAACGGAGAUUGGAUCUCUAAAGCAGAUUUUGGAAAUAUUGAUAUCUCAUCGAUGAUUCUAGGAACUGCUGUGCAUGAUUAUGAGCAUCCUGGGUACAACAACAUAUACUUGAUAAACACCUCAGAUAAUCUGGCUGUAAGAUACAACGAUAUAUCCGUGCUGGAGAAUCAUCACAUUGCUUCAUCUCUGGCUUUGAUGAAACUAGAGAAAUAUAAUUUUCUUGAUAAAGUAAACCCAGAUGAUAAAGAGGGGAUCCGCAAGAGAAUGAUCCAUAUUGUAUUGGCCACUGAUAUGAGUAAACAUUUUGCAGAUAUCGGAACUUUGAAGUCUAAGAUUUCUUCGAAUACACUUGAUCCAGCAGAGAAGGAUAAGCUGCUAUGAAUGGGAAUUGGAUGCCAUCUUGCAGAUAUUAGUAAUCCAAGCAAACCUUGGAACCUUACACUCAAAUGGACUGAACUCCUCUUUGAAGAGUUCUUCAAGCAAGGAGAUAAGGAAAGAGAUAUGGGAUUGAAGGUUAGCGACCUGAUGGAUAGGACAUGAGUUAAUAUUGCCAAAGCUCAGCUUGGAUUUAUAGACGUAAUUGUCAAACCCGCUUUUGAGACGUUCUCAGGAUUCUUAAAAUGAGUCAAUAAAAAUAUUAAAAAUAUAAAGAAAAAUAGAGAGAAUUGGGAUUCAAGAGUUAAAGAAUAUCAUCAAAGGAUGAUAUCUGAAGCAGAUAAGAUUAAAAGUCCUAUCCGUGUAAUUGAAGAGGAAAAAUCAGAGAAUGAGGAAGAUAGUCAAUCAAAUAAGCUAUCUGAUCUUGAUUCCUCUAACCCACCUUCAAGCUUCUCUUCCUCAAAUGGAGAUGCUGUUGUUGAAGAGUUUGGCAACAGCUCUUUUCCAAAACCAAAGAACUCCCUUAAUAAGAUGCAGUCAAACAUCGAAGAUAAAACUUGAGAACUGUUUGAUCUAUAAUUCUUUAAUCCCCUUCUCUUAAAUUUCAAUAUUCUAA